CCGAGGUCAAAAGGUAUACAUCAGAACACAUCGGAAGGAAAGUCACAGACCAUAUAAUAAAAUAUAUUUAGAGUAAUCAGGUAUUUCUAUGCGUAUAUAGCGAAAUUAUAUUCGCUUUGUAGAUAGGUAUAGCCAGAACCAUGUAGUCGUUAGCUAGCUAGGUCCACAUGGAUAGCUAGCUAAGUUAGCCCACGCUGAUCUAGCUAGCUCCGCCAACGUUAGCUGCUUUGUACACCGCUAGCUAUCUAGCUAUAGCUGUUGUAGCGUGGACUGUAAAAUAAUCCCAAUCUUACAGUCCACGCUACAACAGCUAUUGGGUUUAUUAUGCUUGCUAGUUACGUCCCGACUGAUUUGCUCCAAUGUUGGGAUUGAUUUGGGUCCCCUACACAACAUGAAUAUAAUAGCUAAGUACAGUAACUAGCUAGCCAGCUAACUCAUGCUAACAGAGCAAUGGCCAAGUUCCAGGCUGAUCUUAAAACGGAUGGUUAUAUGUUUUAAAUUUCAGCUAAUAAUGACAUGAAAUUACAGAUGAGUGCUUUGAUGUAUACAUAUUUUUUUUACAGGUACUCUAAAGUCCUGCCAUUGACUGCAUUGUCGUUGUUGCCGCACAAGCAGGACAAUAUGAAUCCACUCAGUUCAGAGAAGGAAACAUUGAUGGAUGAAAUCGAAAAGAGUUUGUGGAAUUUAACUGAGGACAAUUUACGCUACAUGUGUGAACGUUGUGGAAUAGAUGGCUCUGAAGUUAAAGGGAUGAAUCAUCGCUUAUUACGGCGUAAAGUCAUGGAGGAAAUGUGGGACAAUACGGAGUCAAUGAUAUCAGAGGAGCAGGGAAUGUCUUGGUUAGUCCAACUGAAAGACGACAUCAGGAGGAUACAGGAGGAGGGUAGCAGUGCACGCAUGAGUCCCAGCCAAGCCGAUGAUGAUGUAGACUGCAAUGAAGAACACAACAAGGGAGACAGGGAUUGGUUGCCUAGCAACGGACUGACAGCGGAGCCCUUGCAUCCCAGCCAAUGUGAUGAUGAUGCUGUCGACUGCGAUGAAGAAUGGAAUGAAGAGGGAGGAGCUGGGUUGCCUUGCAAUGGACUGGAGGCGGAGUCAGCUCCAGAGAGGAACAGUUACGACAAGCCUCCACCACCCCCCUCCCCUCUCCCAGAGUCCCCAGGUCGUGCUUCUCCCGGCAGCGCCUUAUUGUGCGGUCUGAAGAGGGUGUCUGUACGGCUCGACGACUGCAGGAAGACACCGGGGCAGAGUAGCCAUAUAAUACACAAGACAACACAGACAGGAGAGAAACCCCACAGCUCGUCUAAUGCUGAACAUAUCUGUGAUCACUGUGGGAAGAAUUUUGUCACAGCUACCAAUCUGAAAACACAUUUACUGUGUCUGUCUGGAGAGAAACCGUACAUGUGCUCUGAAUGUGGAAAGAGAUUCACGCAGGCCGGCAAUCUUAAGAGACACCAGAGAACUCAUACUGGGGAGAAACCGUUUGUUUGUCCUCGUUGUGGGAAAGACUACAAUGAUUCUGGAAACUUAAAGAAACACAUGAGAUCUCAUGCUGUUAAACAACACACAGGGAACCCCACAGUGAAACCUUACCUCUGCUCUGAUUGUGGGAAGCAAUUCAUUGGAAAACAAAGCCUUGAAUAUCACCGGGAGGUUUUUCACACAGAACACCCUCACCGCUGUGAUCAAUGUAAGAAGAGCUUCAUAACUGCAGCAAGAUUGGAAUCACACACAAAAACACGACACCCGCCAACUGAUCCUCUGAAGAACCCACACGUGUGCUUGGAAUGCGGAAGGGGAUUCCCUGUGGCCGCCAGUCUUAAAAGACACCUGAGAAUUCAUUCUGAGGAGAAACCGUAUGUUUGCCCUCAGUGUGGAAACAGUUACAAUGAUCGUGGAAAUUUAAAGAAACACAUCAGAACUCACACAGAAGAGAAACCCUACCACUGCUUGGUGUGCGGGAUGAAGUUUCGUCAUACAAAAACGUUACAACGGCAUCACCAGGAGAACCACAAGGGGGAGACACUGGGUCCCAUCCAAAGGCAUCAAGACCCUCUUCCAUGCCCCCACUGCGGGGAGAAGUUCUCUACCAAGGCUCUUCUAAAGGAUCAUCUACGGACCCACCCUAGCCGGGUCCACUGCUCCCAGUGUGACAAGACCUUUUCCAAUAAAGGUAACUUACUUGUUCAUCAGAGGAAACACACUGGAGAGAGGCCUUACCUUUGCCCUCAGUGUGGGAAGAGUUUCUCUCUGGCAGGGAGUUUAAAACUUCAUCUCCGGAUUCAUGCUGGUGAGAAACCUUACUGCUGUACUUACUGUGACAAGAGAUUCACAAGGAAGGGCCACUGCAAUAGUCACAUGCGAAUCCACACUGGAGAGAAGCCGUACCAAUGCCCUGACUGCGGGAGGAGGUUUGCUGACAGUAAUGUCCUGAAAAACCACAGGCGGACCCACACAGGAGAGAAACCGUUCCAGUGCCGCAUGUGCGAUAAAGCCUUUGCCCAGUUGACCAGUCUGAAGAAACAUCAGGAGACACAUAGCCAUAAUCACACUGUGCGAUAAAGCCUUGGCCAGUUGCGCAGUAUGAAGAAACAUCCAGAGACACAAAUUCAGCCUGUCUCUGUCAGGAAUCCCUACGUACCACACAAUCAGUCCGUCCCUAAUACUUACCCACCACGUCCCUUUGGCCCUCACCUUUCCAUGUUGGCAGUUCUAGAGAGGGAUUUGGGACCAGGUGACUGAAGUUACCAAAGACAAACAGCUGGAAAUACAACUUUGUAUCACCGACUUCCUCUCAUUAGGGCCAUCUGAAGGCAUUGGAUCAGGUGUCUUCUUGAUCUCUGGUUUUAAAAGACUUGUCAGCAAUCUUACCACCAUGACCAGUUCAUUUUAAAUGACAAAUGUGGGUAUCCUGUUAGCCUGACAUCCAGACCUGUUUUGUGCUAACAUUCCACUCUCCAUGCCAUGUUUGGCAUAUUAGAAUUAGAAAAAUGGAUACUGUGUGGAAUGUAAGCACAUCUAGACUGGUACCCAGGAUAGUAUCUUGUAUCUUGUAACAAAUAAUAUUUUUCUGUCUCAAACUGAAAUGAUUCUGCUCGGCUCCCCAUUCAAGUUGAGUUCACAUUUUAGCCCGGGAGUUUUUGUAUUUACUGUUGAUGUUUAGAUACGUUGCCCAUUUGAAUUUAUUGCCGAACCCAACUAGAGUUAAUAAAAAUGGUGACAGAAA